UCCCUGCUCUCCCGAGGAGCAGGCUUCUGCACUCACAACCGAAGGGAAAGCACCAGAUCAGGGGCUUCUUGAGCCAAAGUCAGAGCCUGUCACCACUUCUGCAGGAAAGCUGACCGCGAUGGGGAGUGAGUGGGACACAGGGCUGGAGGAGAAGACGGAGCAGAGCUGUGCCCUUGUGUCCAGGUCGUCGUGAGAUCGGACCCACUUCGUGGCUGAGUGGCUAGCUGUAGGAAAUCCUGCUGGACCUGAGUAUCAUCGCUUAUUUGAGAAGCCUCAGAUUUGGGGCAGGAAGAGCAGAAGCCAGAGGGGAGUGACCCAUCUCUCCAGCACACAGGUAGGCAUGGGAGGACGGAAGAUGGCAAGAGAUGAAGAAAAUGCCUAUGGUUCGGACGACAACCGGGACGCCGAGCAGCCGCUGGCGCAGGAGCCCAGGCUCCGGCUCAUCCUGGCCGGCAGGACCGGAGCGGGCAAGAGCGCCACGGGCAACAGCAUCCUGGGCCACAGGCGCUUCCCGUCCCGGCUCGCGACCGCCCCGGUGACCAGGCGCUGCGACGUGGGGAGCCGCCGCUGGGCCGGCUGGCGCGUGGAGGUCACCGACACCCCCGACCUCUUCAGCGCCCAAGGGCGGCACGCAGACCCGGACCGCACCGAGCGGGCCCGCUGCUACGUGCUGUCGGCGCCCGGGCCGCACGCGCUGCUGCUCGUGACGCAGCUGGGCCGCUUCACCACCCAGGACGAGGAGGCCGUGCGCGGCGUCCGCGAUCUCUUUGGGGCCGGCGUCCUGGCGCGCGCCGUGGUCGUCUUCACGCGCCGGGAGGACCUGGAGGGGGCGUCGCUGCACGACUACGUGCGCGCCACCGACAACCGCGCGCUGCGGGCCCUGGUGGCCGAGUGCGGCGGCCGCGUGUGCGCCCUGGACAACCGCGCGGAGGGCGCCGAGCGCGAGGCGCAGGUGGACGAGCUGCUGGCGCUGGUGGAGCGGCUGGCGCGGGAGCACGACGGCGCGCCCUUCACCAACGACGCGUACGGCCUGGCGCGGGCGCGGCGCGACGUGCGCCCCGAGGACAGGCUCCGCCUGGUGGCCGAGUGGCUGGCGACCCGCGGCCUGGGGCGGGGUUGGGGGUGGGGGCGUCGCUGGCUGGAGGCCGCGCGGCGGAGGUGGCCUCUGGCUCUCCUGCUGCUGGGGGGCGCGCUGUUACUUGUCCUGCUGUUCUUCCAUCGGGGGAUCCAGGUCCACAUCGAAGGCGCUGCCGGUCAAAAUGCGGGGAGCCUGGCGGAAUAGGGGCUGAGUCAAGGCACUGAGCAGGACUUAAAACCACUUUCAAUGGAAACCUGGAGUUUCGAACGCAGAUUCUUAAUGACACAGGAAGCCUUGAACACUGUAUCUACUUUGCAAAGGGUCAAGUUCACUUUUAAGUAUUUAGGUGUCACUUUUAACUGUGCAGUUUUCAAAUAAAUGUGUCUAACUUUA